AAGACCCUCUGCCAGAGAGGAAGAAAUAUGAAAUGCUGUGCCGAGGAGAGGGAGUCAAACUGACACCCCACAGACAGAGUCGACUGUUUUGCCGUUACUUUGACAACAACCGUAACCCGCAGUUGCUUUUGGCUCCAGUGAAGCAAGAAGAUGAAUGGGACCGCCCACGUAUUGUUCGUUAUCAUGACAUCAUCUCUGACAGUGAGAUCAAGACAGUGAAGGAGAUGGCAAAACCCAGACUCCGUAGGGCUACUAUAUCUAAUCCCACCACGGGCGUGCUUGAGACCGCCCCCUACAGGAUCAGUAAGAG